AUGAUGUCUAUUCUUGAUGAUAAGAGCAAAUUAAGUCGUGAUCCCUCCUCAGAAGAUAUUCAAUUGUUGCAGGGCACGGUGACAGCUAAUCUACUGAAGCUUCAUGGCCUAAAUGCUAUAAGUAAAGAUAAACUUGACUCAUUAAAACCAUCAGAUUGUAAAUUCCCACAUAUGUAUGGGUUGCCAAAAAUACAUAAACCCAAUAAUCUUCUACGUCCUCUAUUGUCAAUGUGCAAAUCCCCAACGCAUAAACUUGCUAAAUGGUUAGUGGAAUUAUUAAAUCCAGUCAAAACACAAUUCUGUAUGUGUUAA